CGGACGGUGCCGGUGACGGAGCAGCAGGAGGUGACGCCGCGGCGCGAGGCCGCGGUGCCGUGUCCCAGUUUGUACCAGUACAGCCUGGCCGGGUGGCGGCUGGACCGGGACCGCACGCGCCGGGAGCGCGGGAAUUCCCCCGGGGACACCGGCACCGACCCCGCCCUCUGCUACGUCUACCGCCCCCCGGAGAUGCAGCCGGUGGUCCGGAACCGCACGGAGCGUGGCUGCUGUCCCGGCUGGAGCGGCGCCCGCUGCACCGAGG